AUGGCCCAAAAGAUCAUAACAGUAUUCGGAGCCACUGGCAACCAAGGCGGCAGCACCUUGUCCGCAAUACUAAACAACCCCGAAUUGUCGGCGAAGUACAAGAUCCGCGCCAUCACCCGCGACCCAUCCAAGCCGAGUGCUCAAGCAUUAGCGUCCAAGGGCGCCGAGCUGGCCAAAGCAGAUCUGACCGACCUCGCAAGCGUCAAGUCAGCCAUCGCAGGAUCCUACGGCGUCUUCGCAGUCACCAACUACUGGGAGCAAAUGUCCAAGGAGGGCGAGUUCCAACAAGGCAAGAACAUCGUGGACGCAUGCAAGGAACAAGGCAUCAAACAUCUCGUCUGGUCCUCCUUACCCAACGUCACCAAACUAACAGAUGGCCAUCUGGCCAAGGUGGAACAUUUCGACUCCAAGGCCGAAGUGGCCGAAUACGCCGAGCAGGUCAAGGGAGAAGAUAUGAUCGUCUCGUACUUCAUGCCCGGCUACUUCAUGUCCAACUUGCCCAGUAUGAUCAACCCGGACCCGGAAACAGGUGUGCCUACCUUGAGUGCACCUUGGAACCCCACGGAGACCUGGGUGCCCAUGAUCGAUAUCCAGAAGGAUACUGGUGCUUUCACCGCAGGCCUCUUUGAGGCUGGAGCGGAGGCCAAUGGUGUCUAUGUCCAAGGUGUGAGUGAGUGGGUUCACCCGAGACAAAUCACCGAUACAUUGUCCCAGAUCAAGGGGAAGGAAGUGCGUUUCGUCGAACAGCCUGCGACUGUUGAGUCGGCUGCACAGCUGGGCAACCGUAUCGCUGAAGAGCUGACUCAGAAUAUGAUCCUGAUUAGGGAUUACAGUUAUUAUGGCAAGGGGACGGAGAAGAAGCAGGCGGAGAGUGAUAGGUUCUUACUCCCGGGAACGAAGAAGAAUACUUGGAAGGAGUUUGCUGAGAAGGUGGACUGGAAGUGGUAG